AUGGAGAGCGCCGCCGUCAACGCCUCGGACGCGGACCACCGGAGCCAGCUCCAUUUGUUCUACAACGGCAGCCACUGCCGGAACUUCACCGACAACGCGAGCUCCGCGGACCCGCGCUGCGAGGCGGAGCGCGGGUUCGCCGCCGGCAUGGACGACGACGCCAACCCGGUCAUCAUCGCGAUCGUCAUCACCGCGCUCUACUCCAUCGUGUGCGUGGUGGGGCUGGUUGGAAACGUCCUGGUCAUGUACAUCAUAGUCAGGUACACGAAAAUGAAGACGGCUACGAACAUCUACAUCUUCAACCUGGCUCUGGCCGACGCCCUGGUCACCAGCACGCUGCCCUUCCAGAGCGUCAACUACCUGAUGGGCACCUGGCCGUUCGGGGACACGCUGUGCAAGAUGGUGAUGUCCAUCGACUACUACAACAUGUUCACCUCCAUCUUCACGCUCACCACCAUGAGCAUCGACCGCUACGUCGCUGUGUGCCACCCCGUGAAGGCGCUGGACUUCAGGACGCCUCGCAACGCCAAGAUCGUCAACAUCUGCAACUGGAUCCUCUCCUCAGCCAUCGGGCUGCCCGUGAUGUUCAUGGCCUCCACUUCAGCCACGAGCCCCACCACCGUUGACUGCAAGCUGAAUUUCCCCCACCCCUCCUGGUACUGGGAAACCCUGCUGAAGAUCUGCGUCUUCAUCUUCGCCUUCAUCAUGCCCGUGCUCAUCAUCACUGUCUGCUACGGCCUCAUGAUCCUGCGGCUGAAGAGCGUGCGCAUGCUGUCGGGCUCCCAGGAGAAGGACAGGAACCUCCGCCGAAUCACCCGCAUGGUCCUGGUGGUUGUGGCCGUCUUCAUCGUCUGCUGGACCCCCAUUCAUAUCUUCGUCAUCAUCACGGCUCUGAUCAACAUCCCCAGCUCCACGCUGCAAACCAUCACCUGGCACUUCUGCAUCGCUCUGGGCUACACCAACAGCAGUCUGAACCCGGUCCUUUACGGCUACCUGGACGAGAACUUCAAGCGUUGUUUCCGUGAGUUCUGCACCCCGAGUCCCUCGGUCCUGGAGAUGCAGAACUCGUCCAGGACCGGGGUCACCAGCCGCAAGCCCCCUCAGCGGGAACCCAUCAGUGCAAACACAGGGGAAAGGUCGAAUCACCAGGUAUGACUAGCCUUGGAGGGGUCAUCGGUGGACUCCCGCUGCCGCGGCAGUGUGGCCCACGAUGAUCUCAACUCAGAAAUCACACAGGUCACCACAGGGCUCUGACCAACACACUCACACACACACACACACACACACACACACACACACACACACACACACACACA